GGCUGCCAAUUUGACUCGUAACUUGUCCCCUUCUUUCUACAACUCCCACCGGACCUACCAUCCAAACCAAACCAUGAGAAAAAUAUCUUCCCCGCCUCUCUCACUCGGACUCUGAUUCUUCCAACUCUUUCCUUAUACUGCAUUCCUCCAUCAUCAUUCAACUUCUUCUCCUGCACGCAGAGGAUUUCUCUGCCUUUUAUCUCCUCAGUUAUGCUUUCAUCGAUUUACACUCUCUCAAGACAAGAAUAAGAAGAGAAUACUAUAAAACUAUUUUUCACCAUAUCAUAUUGGGCACCUUGAUGGAUUCACUGUCAUCAGUGUCACCAUCUGUAGUCCUCCCACCUAGCGGCACCAGCAGCAACCCUUUUCAAAAUCAUCGGCGGCGAAUCAGUUUCUCGUCUCAAUUUCUUAAGCCAGGGACUUGUCAGUUUCGUCUUUCGUACAACGAUUCUUCUCAAGAAUCUAGCAGAGCAAGGAGGAGAUGUCAUUUCUCGCAGGCGGGGUGUAAUAUUAGAGGAGAAAAAGAAGAUGAAGAGAAUAAGAGGAGGGAUGAAGAGGUGGAAAGGGCGCUUCACAUGGACGGUACAAUUCCCGGGAGUUCCAAUGAGUUCGUUAAGCAAGUGUCUUCACGCGCCUAUGACAUGCGUAGACAUCUCCAACAAUCGUUUGACAGCAGUAGCUAUGAUGUAUUAGAGGCAAACCCCUGGAGAGAACCUUCCAAACCUGUGUAUGUACUAACCCACAGGGAAAACCAGAUAUGUACAAUGAAAACUCGCAGAAACAGAAGUGAAGUUGAAAGAGAGCUUGGAUUGUUGUUUUCAAAAGGGGGCAAGUGGAGAAAUCAAGCCAAGCAGUCAGGAAGUGAAACAAAAUUUCAGAUGCUGGUUGAGGAUAUCCAGGAGGGUGUGCUUGUAUUUGAAGAUCAAACUGAAGCUGCCAAUUACUGUGACUUGCUCCAAGGAGGCGGCCAAGAUUGUGAAGGCGUGGCAGAGGUAGAAGCCUCAUCGGUAUUUGAUCUCUGUCAAAAAAUGAGGGCCCUUGCAGUUCUGUUUCGCCGUGGGAUGACCCCUCCUCAACCUGAAAGCUUGAAACUCAACUUGAGGGCACGUAAACGAUCCCUUGAAGACCAAGAAGACUUGUGAAAUGCUCCGUCUAUAUACUGUAAAAGUAGCUAGAUUAACUGGACACAGUAACAUCAUUUAUAUCUGCAGUCAUACGCGGAUUCUUUCUGCAUUACACAAAAAAUGCAAUCUUUGCAGAUAAAGUAACAGAUUGAACUAUUCCUUACAAGUUGAAACUUCCUAUUCAUCUAUUUUGCUCUUUCAGCUGUCUACGAGAUAUUGGAAACCACUUAGUUGUUUAACAAGGGACUUGACCUGCUGUAACUUGAACUUGGUUAUGGUGCCUUGUCCCUUUUGAAUAGUUUUGUAUUUUGGGGAAGAGUCCUUUGAUUUA